AUGGUUAAAACGACUGAAGUAGUAAGCGAAGUUUCAAAGGUGGCAGGUGUAAGACCAUGGGCAGGUAUAUUCGUUGUUGAAAUUCAAGAGGAUAUACUCGCGGAUGAGUUUACGUUCGAGGCAUUAAUGAGAACUUUGCCAUUGGCGUCUCAAGCCAGAAUCCUCAAUAAAAAAUCGUUUCACGAUAGAUGUUCAAAUCUAUGCAGCCAGCUGCUGCAGUUGUUUGGCUGCUCUAUAGUAACGGGCUUAAAUUUUCAAGAGCUGAAAUUUGACAAGGGCAGCUUCGGUAAGCCAUUCUUAGACAACAAUCGUUUUCUUCCAUUUAGCAUGACCAUCGGUGAACAAUAUGUAGCUAUGUUCCUCGUAAAAUGUGUAAGUACAGAUGAAUACCAGGAUGUCGGAAUUGAUAUCGCUUCUCCGUGCAAUUAUGGCGGGAGGGAAGAGUUGGAGCUAUUUAAAGAAGUUUUUAGUGAAAGAGAAUUUAACGGUUUACUGAAAGCGUCUGAUCCAUGCACAAUAUUUACUUACUUAUGGUCCUUGAAGGAGUCGUAUACAAAAUUUACUGGAACUGGCCUUAACACAGACUUGUCACUAAUAGAUUUUGGCGCUAUCAGCUUUUUUCCGGCUGAGGGAGCUUCUAUGUGCAUAACUCUGGAUGAAGUUCCAUUGAUUUUCCAUUCUCAAUGGUUCAAUAACGAAAUUGUCACUAUCUGUAUGCCAAAGUCCAUCAGUGAUAAAAUCAACACGAACAGACCAAAAUUAUAUAAUAUCAGCUUAUCUACGUUGAUUGAUUAUUUCAUCGAAAAUGAUGGUUUAUAA